AUGGCUGCACUGGAAGAAGGGUUUCAAUAUGGUCUCUCUUCAAAUUCAAUUUCUGCUUCAAAUAGAACUGUAGUUCAAGUUAAAUUGACAGAUACCUCAUUAAGAAUUAUAGAGGAAUAUUUACGGAGAAAGCCCUUACCUACACAGAAACCAUGUAUACAGUUCCAAGGAAAUCAAGGGAGCAUUCAGAUUCCGGAGGGAGGGGACAGUUUGAGAACAUUUCAUUUCUCCCUCUCGGCAAUGCAGGGUGAUCCAAAUGGAAGUUUUGAUGCAGUCUGUCAGCCGAAUACAAGAAAUGGUAAGCAACUUGUGCUAGAGGGCAGUAUGACAAACAAAAUUCAAAUCCAUGCCACCAAUGAGUUGUUCAAAGCUACAAAAGACAGAGUAACUAAAGCUGAGUUGGACAGCAAGAAAGUUAGCACCAAAGAGAUCAAACCAAGUGGACCUCAUAUAAGUCGGAAGAAGACAACAGUUAUACGUAACCCACACCCUCCAGCCAUACCAAGACAUCAGCCUGUACAACCUACAAAACCAAAGCCAUCUACAGCACCCCCUGUCAAUUUUAGCAAACGACCUUCACCUUCAUAUGGGAGUCAAGGUCAUGCUGUGUCUCCACACAAUCCUGCGACGUCAUCCAAACCCACAUCACCAAGUCUGUCUUCUCAUAAUCCUAGUGCUAAACCUUCUGGUAACCCUGCUGUGAUGUCUAUGCCAUAUAGAGAUCGAAUAAUCCAUCUACUGGCUAUAAGGCCAUACAAGAAACCAGAGCUGAUCAUUCGUCUCAGAAAAGAUGGUGUACGUGAGAAAGACAAAGAUCAGUUGGGUGUUAUAUUGAACCAAGUGGCAGUUGCCAAAGAUAAUUCAUUUACACUUGCCAAACAUAUAUAUGCAGAUGUUAGAAUGGACUGGCCAUUCUAUACUGACGAGGAUAAACAAAUUUUGAAAAAAAAAUUACAAAGUGCCUCCACGGUGUCACCAUCCGCAUCUCCUAAUAGCAGAAGUCCAGAUAGCCAGUCAACCAAUCUCACACAAAAAAAAUCUGAACCGUUGAAGCGAUCAAUAGAAGAAAGCCAUCAAACUGUUCACCAUAAUGCAAAGAAGAAACGCAUUUCCUUGUAUGACAAAAAUGGACACAAAUCAGAGAAUGGAUCAAGUAGUACGGACAAGCACAGUAGUAAUAGCAAUAACGUUUCUUCCACAACAGAUAUAUCGGAUAAAAAGGAAAAUAUUGAUGAUACGGUUGAUUCCACUUCUGAUACUCCUGAAUAUAUGAGGCAGUACCAUACUAUAGGAGAUGAUGAUCAGCGGUACAAGUAUAAACAGGCAUUUAAUGAAGAGUACGAGGAAUACCGUGACCUACAUUCUAGUAUAGAUCUAGUCUCUCGAAAGUUCUGCGAGAUGCAAGAACUUAGAAGGAAAACCCAAAAAGGCACUUCUGAAUUUCAGGAUCUGGAGGAUAAAAUCCGCAAUGCAUAUAUGCUACAAAAAAGUGAUCCCAAGUUUAUAGAACAAAUGAAAAGAUAUAGGUACCUCCACAAAAAGCUCGCUUAUAUCAAAAGCCUUAUUAUGGACUAUGAUCAAAAGUUUGUGACAGUGUUGUCUUAGCAGUGACCUUUGACCUCAGACCUUGGAUUCAGCUUUACCACAGUACAGGAGAAACCCAAAUUUAUUAUUUAUUGAAAUCUCUUCCAAAUACGGUACCAUGUGAUAAAGGAUAUGUGAUUUUUGUCUGCUUUGGUGUGAUUGGACAUGAAUUGAUCAUGUGACAUUGCAAAUGAUAAUCUUGACUGUGAUUUUGGUUUGAAGAUCUUCUUUAUUAAAUCUGAAUGGCAAAGAUCUAUGUUUAAUCCCCACUUUUUUUUAGCUGUGUAAAAUUUUCAUGAAUCUGAAUUAAUUCCAGCGGGAAAUUGUUGUUUAUACCUUAGUGUAUGAGAUGUUCACACAUAGUGAGAGCAGGAAUGAGGUAUAAGCAGAUACGCGUAUUGUUCUCUGAAUUUUGAAUCUCGUUACAUAAAUUCAGUGGAAUUUUUGAAAGUUUACACUUUAACGUUUGCAGUGUCACAUAAAGAUUGACAGAUGUUGAUAUAGAACUAUAGCAGUGAGCUACUUGUUAACUUAUUCUCAAUUUUUCUCCCACUCCCUCUGUAGCUUUAUGUAUAUGUAAAUAGAAGGGUGCUAGUAUAUUGUACAGUUGAGAUUGUGAAAAUUUAGAGAAGCCAUUGGCAAUCCUUUGACUGUAUCCUUCCUGUUGUUAACAUAUACUGUAAAAUCAUUUAAUUUAGUGGUUUUGGUCAAAAUGGCAGUUUCGUAGGGAUAUGAAUUUAUGGAUUAAAUUUUCAACUUUUGAAUAUAAAAUGAAUGGGAAUUUUACUUGUUUAUUGGGAUUAAAUGUCAUGGAUUGACUCUACCACAAAAUCCAUGAAAAUUAGUCCCCCACGAAUAUUGAUGAUUUCACAGUAAGUAAACUUGACCAAAAGUCACAACCUGUCUAACAUCUAUAUACAUAUGACAAACUUUCAGUCUCAGAAAUUUCUGUUUUUGGAAGUCUAAAAGUAGUAAAAUACUUCACCGCUGAUGUAAGUUUUGGCCCUUUUUUUUAUACAUAUUUUCAUUUCCCGUAAGUAAAGACCUUUUCAGACAUUGUUUUUACAUUUGUUAUAGUCUGUGGUAAUUGCAGUUAGUCUCUUGUGGUAUGUUGUGCAUACUGAGAAAUGUAGAACUUAUUUUGAUAUGUUUACAUCGAUCACCUUCUGCUCACUUGUGAUGUAGAAGCAUUUAUAUAUGGUUCCAUGACAAAAUACUGUCAUGAAAAUUAUGCAUACAAUAAGAUAGUGCCAUAGUAUUUACUUUUGUGAAAUCAGUAUGGUGUUGGAAUGCAAGAGUAGCUGUUUUUUAAGUAAUCUGUGGAUACAGAUUGAAUUGAGAAAAAAAUCCGGAAGCAUCCAUAACUGUCUUUCUCCACUAUUAAAGCUAGGAAAUUACUAUAUGACACUAUAAUUAUGUUGGUGUAACUUUAUGAAAUGCCAAAAAAAAGAAUAAGGUUAGGAUUUGUGCCAAGUUUAGUACAGCUGCUCCUAGUUGGAAUUUAUUCUUGUGUUGUUAUAGUCCCACCACUGUAGGUUGAAUAAAGUUCAGGUUUUGAAGUAAUUGCCAGUCUCUACAUCCAAUAUUUAUUAGGGGUAUUUUACUUUAAACUUAAUUGUUGAUUCAGUGUAAUGGGUAAGGUACCCCUGUUUAUUUAUUUACAAGUAUUAAAUUUUUUACUGUUUCUUGAAAGAUAAAGCUUUUUGUCAUUGUUCAGAUCUAGUCGUCAUAAAAAGUUAUUUAAUUUUCAUCCGCUAAAUUAGGAUUUAACCCUGAACACUAAUCAUCGAUGCUCAGAAUAACCAUGAUACCAUUGGAUUUAUCCAAUGAUUAAUUGUUUAUAUAUAAACUAUUCUUUUUGCCCAGAAAUGGCCUAAUUCUUGUUCAUUAUAGUGUUUUCACACAUUCCAUUAGCUUACGUAUUGUAGAGAAUACAAGUUUCAGAUUUGCUCCUUAUUAAAUGUGAUACAAUAGAUAACCAAAAUGCACUCAUGUAAAUAUUUUACCCACUUGUCUGGUUUGGUUCCGUUUUUGUGCUUUUGACGUAAUGAGUGAUAUAUUGUAACAAAUAAUUUUUCAGUGAUGCUUUAAUCAAAUACAUGAAGGAAAUGGUUCAUGUUUCAGAUGAUUGGCUAAACAAAUAACUGUUACGAUACUUAGGCCUGUCUCAAGUUCAAAGUGUUGUUAUUUCAGGGACGUGGUGAAAUUUCACAACCAUAUUGCCUCGGUAAAAAUGUAUGUUCUAAUUCAUUUAUGUAUUCAGAAACGUACGGAAUUAUGUCGGGCUUUCCAGAUGGUCAGACAGUAUCUUCUGUUCAGUUAAUAACAUAUUUUUGUCUGAUUAACCUUAAGCCUGUCGGCGGCAAAUGAUUUUGCCUUUGCGACCAGUUCAGGCUGAUCAUAGUCUGUUUGCUAUUCAGUCAGUAAAUUUUCAGUGAUCACCACUUUGAAUACAAGUGGUACUGCCCAAAUUGAGUUAUGGACAAGUCCAUUUUAGAAAUUUGGCAGGGUAAAAAGGUUAAAGCAAUAAAUGCCACAGUUUUACUUUAAACAACAACAUGCUGGCCCUUUAGUUCAGUUGCUCAAGAAAAAAAAGGAUUCAAGUUUUAAUUUUUGAAAAAGGCAAUGUUACUGAAUAAAAUAAAGACUCUCCACCUGUGAUUUGUGUACAGAAGUUGUUAGGUAUUUAUGGAAAAUAGACGAGUUCUGAUAAUUGAUAAAAAGAAAUGUGUGAUAGGUUUAUUCUUUCGUAGCAUAGAAGGAUCUUAUAAGAUCUUAUAAGAUUAUUGCCAUUUAUAAUCCUAUAGGAUAUGAGGCCUAAGUAUCGAAACAAAUAGCUUUAAUUUGCUCAGAUUUUAAUUCCUUUUAUUGAAAUUUUAAAAGACUGCAUAUUUUUUUAAUUCUGGAAUUGAUGCAUUCAAGCUGUGAUAUUAUUGGUAGUUUAAAGAGUUUUAGGUCAGAUUUCUGUAGCUGAUGUUCUUAUUGCUACAUUUUGGGGGCCAUAUUUCUAGGUCUAUUUAAAACAAGGUAAAGAAAAUACUACAACUUGAAAGAUAAAUAUAGAUUAAGAACACUAUGGCCAAAGUUAAAUAAAUUUCUGUCUUUGGAUAUGUUUUAUCCAACUAAGUUUUAAGUAUUUCAUGACAUUUUGAAUGUCGUUUUAAACUAUAUUGCUAGUUGUGCUUAUGAUGAGCAUAAGACCACGUAAAUAUACACUUUGUGUCAAAAAAGCGAAUACAUUCACAAGUCUUUUUGUUUCCUCCCUCCAUUGCAUGUAGGGAAGUUUAUAGGCACUUGCCUCAAAAAAAAAGCUUUGGUAAGAAAUCCAUGACUUACUUAACUGACAUAAUGGCAGAGAGUACUAUUUCACCUAGUACAAAAAAAUGAUAAAACUUAGAAGUCUGUGUGUAGCAAGGGUGAUAAGACCAGGAUUUGUAUUGCAUGUAAUAAUUCUGUAAUUUCUUUCUUCUUUGAUCAUGAUGUAAACAUUGUGUUUAUAGAUAGUUCACUUUGGCCAAGUCAAAUUGUAGACAAAAUGUAAAUGCAUAAUAAUCAAAUUGGGCAUUUAUGGUAAGAUAUAUCUGUGCACACAAAUGUAUGAUAUUUUGACUUAAAUUCAUGUAAUAUUGACAUAGUUGCUUUCUGUUUUUGCUUGCAAAUCUCUUGGCACAUUGCCUGUGUUAUUCUUAUCUCAAUAUUCUAAACAAUAAGAUAAAUAAAUAAACAAACUACAAAAAAAAA